AUGAGGGCAACCGGGCUCAUCAGAGCGCAAGCCGCCGCGCUGCGCUCCGCAACCAAUGGUGCCAGAUUGAGCUGUCGCCAAUCGACCCUCAUCCGGGCCAGGUGCGCGUCCACCGCCGCGCUGCGCCCAGCUUCCGCAGCCAUUGUCCAGACUCCCGGUGCAAAGCUCUGGUCUGCGAGAAGAUGGCAGUCAGGUGCCGCUGCUGCUGUGCUCGACGCCGCCCAGCAAGACCCAUCGCAGCUCACGCAAGACGCUAUCGUCGAGAACCUCGAUCCGGCCGAGUGGGACCGAUUGCAGAGAGUUCGGAACAUUGGCAUCGCUGCGCACAUUGACAGUGGCAAGACCACGGCGACCGAGCGCGUUCUUUUCUACACCGGCCGUAUCAAGGAGAUCCACGAAGUGCGUGGCAAGGAUGCCGUCGGUGCGAAGAUGGACUCCAUGGACCUCGAGCGUGAGAAGGGUAUCACCAUCCAGUCUGCCGCUACCUUCUGCGACUGGGUGAAGAAGAACGACAAGGGCGAGGAGGAAAAGUACCACUUCAACCUGAUCGAUACGCCUGGACAUAUCGACUUCACCAUUGAGGUCGAGCGUGCGCUGAGAGUGCUGGAUGGCGCCGUCAUGAUUCUGUGCGCCGUCUCCGGUGUGCAGUCGCAGACGAUGACGGUCGACAGGCAGAUGAAGCGCUACAAUGUCCCCCGCAUUUCUUUCAUCAACAAGAUGGACCGCAUGGGAGCCAAUCCGUUCAAGGCUGUUGAGCAGAUCAACCAGAAGUUGAAGAUUGCGGCCGCUGCCAUCCAGGUUCCUAUCGGCUCCGAGGACAACUUCCAGGGCGUCGUCGACUUGAUCCGCAUGAAGGCUAUUUACAACGAUGGACCGAGGGGAGAGAUUAUCAGGGAGACAGAUGAGAUCCCCGCGGAUCUGGUGGAUGUGUGCAAGCAGCGCCGUGGCAUGCUCAUCGAAAGCCUUGCGGACGUGGACGAGGAAAUUGCCGACAUCUUCCUUGAGGGAGAAGAACCUUCCAAGGAGCAGCUGAAGGCCGCUAUCCGCCGCGCUACUAUCAAUCUUAAGUUCACUCCGGUCCUUAUGGGUUCUGCUCUUGCGGACAAAUCGGUUCAGCCCAUGCUGGAUGCUGUCGUCGACUAUCUGCCCAAUCCCGCUCAGGUUGAGAACAUGGCUCUGGAUAAGAAACGCAAAGAGGCUCCCGUCAAGCUCGUGUCGUACAACUCUCUCCCGUUCACUGGUCUUGCGUUCAAGCUCGAGGAGAGCAACUAUGGCCAGUUGACCUAUAUUCGUGUGUACCAGGGAUCCCUCAAGAAAGGUAUGAAUGUCUACAACGCCAGGACGGACAAGAGGGUCAAGAUUCCCAAGAUUGUACGCAUGCACUCGAACGACAUGGAGGAAGUUCAGGAGAUUGGUGCUGGUGAAAUCUGUGCUGUGUUCGGUGUGGAUUGCGCUUCCGGCGAUACCUUCACGGAUGGAAAGUUGGAGUACACCAUGUCCUCUAUGUUCGUUCCCGAAGCCGUCAUCUCUCUGUCAAUCCAGCCCAAGCACACCAAGGACGGCGGCAACUUCUCCAAGGCCAUGAGCCGCUUCCAGCGUGAGGAUCCUACAUUCCGUGUCCACGUCGAUUCGGAAUCGCAGCAGACCAUCAUUUCCGGCAUGGGCGAGCUGCAUUUGGAUAUUUACGUCGAGCGCAUGCGCCGUGAAUACAAGGUCGAAGUCAUCACCGGCCAGCCGCAGGUCGCGUACAGGGAAACCCUCACCGAGAAGGUCAACUUCGACCACACCCUCAAGAAGCAGACCGGCGGUGCCGGAGACUACGCCCGCGUCAUCGGCCACAUGGAGCCCACGGGAUCCUUCGGCGACAACACGUUCGAGCAGCACGUCGUGGGCGGCACCAUCUCAGAGAAAUACCUGUUCGCGUGCGAAAAGGGCUUCAUGGACUCGUGCGCCAAGGGCCCGCUCCUCGGCCACAAGAUCCUGGGCACCAGCAUGCACCUGGUCGACGGCGCGACGCACAUGACGGACUCGUCGGAGCACGCGUUCCGCAUGGCGACGCAGCAGGCGUUCCGCAAGGCGUUCCGCGAGGCGCGGCCGCAGGUGCUGGAGCCGGUGAUGAAGACGACCAUCACCGCGCCCAACGAGUUCCAGGGCAACAUCGUCGGCCUGCUCAACAAGCGCAACAGCACCAUCAACGACACGGAGAUCGGCCCCGACGACUUCACCAUCUACGCCGACUGCUCGCUGCAGAGCAUGUUCGGCUUCUCCACCCAGCUGCGCGCCGCCACCCAGGGCAAGGGCGAGUUCAGCAUGGAGUUCAGCCACUACAGCGCCGCGCCGCCCCAGCUGCAGCGCGAGCUGAUUGCCAAUUAUGAGAAGGCGCAGGCGGAGAAGAAGAAAUAG